AGAAGCCCAGAAAACCACCCAUGGACAAGAGUAAUUCUUCUAAGAAUCCCAAUUCCAAACGGGCACCUAACCGCAGAAGAUCCUCAACAUCCUAUGGAACUUCGAGGAAGUCAGUUCUGAAGAAGAGCUUUUCUCAAGAACAGGUGUAUUUCAGUGGUCCGGUGUCAAAUGACCCCGUGGUCGGAAUCAUUGGAGGUGGCAUGGCUGGCCUCAUCUGCGCUCUUUACUUGGAGAAACGAGGGAUUCGUUCCACUGUUUUCGAUACGGGACUUCAUGGGCUGGGAGGAAGAAUGGCAACAAGAAUUAUCGAUCCCGAGCCCUUGAUUUUUGACCAUGCAGCUCAGUUUUUUACGGUGACUGAUCCUGAGUUUGCUAAGCUGGUUCACUUGUGGUCUGAAAAAGGGCUGGUACGGGAAUGGCAUGGUACAGUUGGUGAGCUUGAGGCUGGUGGUCAUUUCACUCCUCUUCCAAGUUCUCCACCCAGAUAUAUAGGUGCUAAUGGAAUGCGACCUCUUGCAGAUACUAUUCUAUCUCAGACCCAUUUGGUUAAUGUGGUGCGGCCUUGCUGGGUAAGUACGCUUGAGCCAUUUAAUGGAAUGUGGCACUUGAGUGAGAAGGGAAAAAAUUGCGGGCAGUUUGAUGCAAUUGUUAUUGCACAUAACGGAAAAUGUGCAAAUAGAUUGCUGGCAUCAUCAGGCUUACCACUAAUUGCAAGACAAAUGAAGAGGCUCAAUCUGAGUUCCAUUUGGGCUCUUCUUGCAGCUUUUAAAGAUCCAUUACCCCUCCCGGCCAGUGCAACUGCAUUUCCUUUUGAAGGAGCUUUUGUGAAAGGAGUUGAUUCCAUCUCAUGGAUGGCUGACAACACAAAGAAAUUCUUAGGCUCUCAUAGCCAUGGCCCUCACUGUUGGACAUUUCUCAGCACAGCUACUUUUGGAAAGCAGAACAAAGUUCCACAAGAAAGUAUUCCAGUUGCCACAGCACAGAGGGUGAAGGAAACUAUGCUUGCAGAUGUUGAGUAUGCACUAGGACUACCGAAAAGCUCAAUCCAGACACCCAUUUUCAGUCGAGUGCAAUUGUGGGGUGCAGCUCUACCUCUAAAUACUCCAAAUGUUCCAUGCAUCUUUGAUCCUCAUGGAAGAGCUGGCAUAUGUGGUGAUUGGCUGCAGGGUUCAAGCUUGGAAGCUGCAGCAUUAAGCGGCAUGGCUCUUGCUAAUCAUAUAGCAGAUUACUUGCAAAGUGGGGGGCAGUGUCCAGAUGAAUUCGCUGUUGGUUUAGGCAAUGAGUUCCAACCACUGAGAGGACAUGAUAUUGGGCAAUUUCCAGGAUUGCAGUCUGAGGAGGACAUAAACAAGCCGCAGGCUGUUCAGCUUAGUGCCUGAAUGUACAUGUUUAAAGAGACUGCAGCAGAGCGUUUGUGGAUUCAACAUCAGGUCUAUAUAUGAAUUUGGAACUUGGGCGUUUAACCUAGCAGGCUGGCAUCCAAGUCCAUGAUAUAGAUUUUUGUGGAUGAAGAGAUCAAAGAAGCACGGAGUACAUAGGACGCAAUGCAUCUGAGAAAGCAACAACGGUUUGUUGUUUUCUGCUCCGCUCUUAUGUGCUGAUGGUGGGUGGAACUUUAGAUACCAAUUCACAAUUGUUGGCUGUUCUUUCCAGUAGAUGUUGUGGGGAUGGAAUAUGUUAAAUGAUGAUAUGGUACUGAACAAAGAUCAUGUUGAACUGACAGCCACAUUUUAGUGAUUACAGUCUUGUUUCCAGCAAUGUUUUCAGAACCGGACCGGACCGGCCGGUUCGACCGGUUGGACCGCGAACCGGCUAUGUCACCGGUCCGGUCUAAUGUUUAAGCCGGAAGUUCAUGGAGAACCGUUGAAACCCGGACGAACCGUUAAGAACCGUGAACUGGCGGUUUUUUAAAUUCUUCAACAAAAUAUCAAGAAUGGUGUAGCUAAGAUUCGAA